AUGCUCCCCGCUGCCAAAUGCCCCUCUAAGCUUCCAUUGCCUUCAAGUCAACCCGCUAGGAUGGAUAUCACUCAAACCCACGAAGAUCAUCCUGACGGCCUCGCAGGGCUGGAGGAGAAGAAGACCAGCAGCAGCGAUGCGAAGACGCUGGGCCAUCUGCGUCUGCGACACGCUGAGACCAACGAGAUUAUUCUAGUCCCGACGCCGUCUUCUGACCCUAAGGACCCUCUCAAUUGGCCGAGAUGGUUCAAGCUGUACACGGCGGUCGCUGUUUGCUUUGCUAUGAUUCUGUGCAAUUUCCUUGCGGCUGGUCCAACGCUGGCCAUUCUCCAGACCGCACAGGACUUCUUCCCCGAUUGGAUGGAGACUGGCAUGGCUGGCCCUAUCGCAAAGACUGCCUAUUUCUUCAACACCACCGCGCUGUUCCAGGGUUUAGGUAAUCUGCUCUGGAUGCCCCUGAUCAACAAGUAUGGUCGUCGCCCUGUUUAUGUGGUCGCUUUUACCUUGUAUACAAUCACUGCCCUCUGGUGUGCAGUCGGCAAGGGCUACGCAAACUUUCUAGUGGCAAGAAUUGUCAUGGGAUUUGCCGCUGGAGCAGGAGAGUGUCUUGCCCCUGUUACCAUUGCAGACGUCUACUUCCUCCAUGAGCGUGGAGCUAUUACCGCGUUGUAUAACGCCUCUCUGAAUCUUGGUGUUGCUACCGGAGCUAUUAUCGACGGCUUUAUCGUGAAGUACCACCCAUGGCGCUACAUCUACUACGUCGCUAUUGCUCUUAUUGGUGGUGCUACCCUUAUUGUAUACGCGACGUUCCCGGAGACGGCGUUUAUCAGAAAAACCGCAUCUAGAAAUAAUGUUACUACAUUGACUGCCUCUGGUGAACGUGUCCGUCGCGGUACCAAAGGUGAAGAGGUUGGUGAUUCCGAAAUCCAUGAAGUUGUCCCCGAGUCUGGUCAAAACCGUAGAUGGUUGAAGCAAGGCCUUAAGUUAUACCACGGUACCUACACCGAUGAGUCGAUCUGGCAAAUGGCGAUCCGUCCUGUUGGACUCCUGAUCCUUCCUCCGGUUCUUUGGGCAACACUGGUUAUGUCGGUGACUAUUGGUUUCAUCGUGGCCGUCACCUCCAAUGUAUCACCGGCAUUUUCCACAGCUUAUGGCUUUGAGGCCUGGCAAUCUGGACUGUGCUUCUUCUCAGCUAUUAUCGGAGCCUUGGUCGGCAUUUUCCUUGGAGGCCACUUCUCUGACUGGGUCGCUGACUACUUCACUCGCCGUAACGGUGGUAUUCGAGAGCCGGAGAUGCGUCUUCCUGCUAUCAUGAUUGGUGCUAUUACCGGCCCCCUUGCCCUGGCUCUAUACGGCUGCGGUGUCCACUGGAAGAUGCACUGGAUCGUUCCAACUAUCGGUAUUGGCUUGAUCAACUUCACCAUCACCCAAGCCACAAACGUCUCCCUCGUGUACACCAUCGAUAGCUACCGUCCUGUCGCCGGUGAAGUUGUUGUCACCCAGCUUGCUUUCAAGUCUGCGUUCGGCUUUUUGCUGGGAUUCUACACGAACCCAUGGGUUGACGAGGAUGGCUACAAUGUUGCCUACGGCGAAAUGGCUGCCAUUUGCGGCGCUGUCCUCAUGCUCUGGGUCCCACUCUUCAUUUGGGGCAAGCAAAUUCGCGAGAAGACUCUUAGCUGGCGGGUUAUGCGGUGGGUGCAGUGGGAUGCAGACCGAGAGGUUGGCGAGUAA